CCAUGUUGUGAGACUGGUCUGGUCGCAUACUUUUGCUGCAGUUUUAAUAAUUGUUCUUUGUGUAGCUGGCGUCGAGAUUUUAAAAGUUACCGUGAAAAUGCGAGAGAAAACAUUUGGUUUCGGCUUUGACUACUUCUUUGAUAGUUCAAGGCAAAUGGCAACGAAGCGAAUUGGGCAUAAAAAAUUCUGGAACAUAGUUGUACAUUGGUUUGCUUCUUGGGGUAUUGCAUGGUCAGUCCUUUUCUUAGGGGGUCAAUAUCUACCCUUUUAUCUUCAACUUUUCCUAGUUAUAUGCAAGCUUGUUAUUUGUAUUGCUCAAGAGCCACCAGCUGGGUUUGCAUAUUCACUAGGCUAUUGCCUGAUUGGAUAUCAUGCAGUUCUGUCAGAAAACAAUGGAACAGUCCUUUUAGCAGCCAUUGCAAUUCCAGUGUGCUUUGCUAUCCAGAUCCUUAGCCACAUAGUAUUUGAAGGAAUCCAAUCCCUGGAGAGAUUCACAAAAGGAGAGGAUUUGCUGUUUCAAUUCUGUGAUAUGCUUAAUGAGUUUUUGAUGGGCGAGUUCCAUUUCAGUCUGUUGCUGGUCAUGCGGCUUGAUCUGCUGCCUGUCUUGCAAUGGAGAUCUGAUGUAGAUCUUCGUAAAAUAAUGGACAAGGUUUCCAUAAUAAAGCAUGGACGAAAAGCACCAUAACUAUUACCAUAAAUACCAGUCUUUUCGAUCCACAGGGCUAGUCUUUUCAAUCCAGAUCUUUUGAAUCCACCUAUAUACACUUUUGAUCCACCUAUAUAUAAUUUCGAUCCACAUUUAUACACAUUCAAUCCACAUAUAUACACAAUUGAUCCAACAUAGUUAUGAAAUUUCUGUUAUUAGUUACAUUUUGGAUAUACACAGCAUAUAGGAAUUGUUGUAUGCUUUAUUUGUGGAUCAAAUGUGUAUAUAUAUGGAUCAAAAGUGUAUAUAGGUGCAUCGAAAAGACUGUGGAUCAAAAAGACCGGUUACCAUUACCAUACAAUAAAAUAUUGAAUCAACUGGAUACAUUUACGCCAAGUCAAACCAGGUAUAGAACCCUUGCAGGAUAUUUCCAUUGCAGUUAAAUUAGAGGACAACUCAAAACAAGAGAAAUUUAUUUUCCUAAACAUUUUUUUUAAUUGUACAUCCUCCAAAUUGAAUUGCAUUUGGGAUCAAUAGAUGCAAGGGCUCUAUUUCUUUGAGAUAAAUUUAAUUUAUACAUUAAUUUAGGACACCUUUUAAGUGCAAUCACACGCAAUCUUUAACUUGUUUACAGCAAUACUCCAGUUUUUAAUUUUCAGUAAUAGACCCCUUGCAUGUGAUGUCCAAGGGCGGAUCCAGCCAAAAUUUUAAGGGGGGGCUAAAUGAGUUUUUUCCGUCAACACAACGGAAAACAAUAUAA